AUGACCGAGGAAGGUAUUGCUGGUGGAGGUGUAAUGGACGUUAACACCAAUUUACAAGAAGUGCUGAAGACCGCACUCAUCCACGCUAGCCUAGCUCAUGGAAUUCAUGAAGCCACCAAAGCCCAUCUUUGUCUUCUUGCUUCCAACUGUGAUGAACCUAUGUAUAUAAAAUUGGCUGAAGCCCUGUGUGUUGAGCACCAAAUUAACUUGAUCAAGCUUGUUCACAACAAGAAGCAGGGUGAAUGGGCAGGCCUCUGUAAAACUGACAGAGAGGGAAAGCCCCACAAAGUGGUUGGCUGCAGUUUCGUUGUUGUUAAAGACUAUGGCAAGAAAUCUCAGACCAAAGAUGUCAUCGAAGAAUAUUUUAAAUGCAAGAAAUGAGUAAAUAAAAGCCUUGGUCUGAUUUG